UUCUAAUAGUCUAGGUCGUUUGCAGUUUCUGGCGCUACCUGGGAUACAAUGACAGGGAUUAGGACCGUAAUUUUUGUUUCGCUUGCUGGAUCAGUCUCAUUCACAUUCUUACUGUUAGCCUGUGCGUUACCACAGUACAAUGUUUGGUGGCCACUGUUCAUGCUGAUAUUUUACAUACUAGCACCAAUUCCAUUGCUGGUCGCUAAAAAUUUCCAGGAAAGCUCUUCAUUGGGGGAUGUGAGUGUUUUUCUGACCACAAUCGUGAUAGUAUCCGCAUAUGCACUGCCUAUACUGUUUGCUCGAGCACCUAAAGAAAAUCCCCUCGUAAGUUUUAAAGCGAAAAGUUAUUUGCUUCUUGUAGAUAUUAUGGGGUGCUUGUGGACUUACGUUAUCAGCCAACACGCUUAUGUUUGCAACCAUCUUCUUUCUGGUUUAUCUGGUGGUCAAGUCUGAUGAUUUCGACAGUGGAUUUUAAUUUCGAAUAGUAAAUCUCUCCCUAAUUUUGACUGAAUUUUAAUGUAGCGCUUGUGUAUUCUAAGGAAGCACUUGUUGCUAAAUUCGCGUCAUAUAAGAUGUUAUUUUGCUUUCUACUUAUGUAUAUUUUUCAUUUUAAUAAAUCCCCAAAAAGAUAAACUUUUUUGUUUAAGGACAUUUUAGAAAGCUAUCUCCCGAAGGCAACAUACUUUCUCUGUCUCACUUUGACUUCUGGCUUUCAUUUAUAUAUGCGAUGAGACGUUGAUAAACUAAUAAUUUUAAUCUUUCGAGUCAUUCUGGAUUCUGUUGAAUCGGGAGAUGCUAACUAAACAGGACAGUCGUUUGUUUAGAGGCACCGCUAUCUUAUACUGGUCUGACUGUGUAUAUGGAGCUUUCCAUGAAUUUUUUCUGCAGCGAUCAGUUUUGUUAUGCAAUUAGAUAGAUGUUUCUAAGUUUGAUUUCGCUCCCACUGUUUUACAAAACUGCGAAGUGGGCGAG